AUGGGGGAUUGGAACUUAUUAGGGAGUAUUUUAGAGGAAGUCCACAUUCACUCCACCAUUGUGGGGAAGAUCUGGCUCACCAUCCUCUUCAUUUUCCGGAUGCUUGUGCUCGGUGUGGCGGCUGAGGAUGUCUGGGAUGACGAGCAGAGUGAGUUUGUUUGCAACACGGAGCAACCUGGCUGCAAGAAUGUCUGCUAUGACCAGGCUUUCCCCAUCUCCCUCAUCCGCUACUGGGUCCUUCAGAUCAUCUUCGUGUCCUCUCCCUCUCUGGUCUACAUGGGUCAUGCCUUGUACCGUUUGAGGACCCUAGAGAAGGAGAGGCACAAGAAGAAAGCGUGUCUGAAAGCUGAGCUGGAGGGGAGAGACCCUACACAGGAGGACCAUAAAAGAAUAGAGCGAGAGCUCAGGAAACUAGAUGAACAGAAGAAAGUAAGGAAGGCUCCCCUUCGAGGCUCCUUGCUGCGCACAUAUGUUUUCCAUAUCUUGACCAGAUCUGCGGUGGAGGUGGGUUUUAUUAUAGGUCAGUGUGCUCUGUAUGGCAUUGGACUGUCUCCUCUCUACAAAUGUGAACGUUUGCCUUGCCCCAACAGUGUCGACUGUUUUGUGUCACGACCAACAGAGAAAAACAUUUUCAUGGUUUUCAUGCUGGUUAUCGCCGGAGUUUCUUUAUUCCUCAACCUCCUAGAGAUCUUCCAUCUGGGGGUGAAGAAGAUCAAACAAAGCUUAUAUGGAUACAAAUAUGGAGAUGAUGAAAGCUUGUACAGGUCAAAGAAAAACUCCAUGGUGCAGCAAGUCUGUGUGCUCACUAAUUCCUCACCGCGAAGGUCGAUGCAGCUCACACAGAUGACCUGCUCUGUUGUGUCUGAUGCUCCUGGGGAGCCUUUGAACAGCUCCAACCAGCAAGCUAUGCAGCAACUGGGGGCAGUGGAGCGUCGCUACACCCUUGACAACAGGAAGUCAUGCAGCAGUGAUGAGUCCAACGGACCUCACAGCUCCGGCCAGCCACAGUAUGCAGGACCUCGACCGACACUGAUGGCAGGCCAUAUGGAGAUCCCAGCAGCCCUGAGAAACCCGCAGAGGAAGCAGAGCCGAGUGAGUAUCUGUAAGGAGCUCAGUGACAGGAGUGAUUCUCCGGAGAGCGACCACUACCCCACCGCCAGGAAGUGUAGUUUCAUGUCCAGAGGAAUGUCAGAGGGAAUGCUGGCCACUCCGUCUGACAGUGCUGAUUCACAGAGUGGAACAGACACUGAGGCACAGCACCUGGCCCAGGGAGAGAGUCCAGUGAUAACCCCACCGCCUCCAGCUGGCGGGAGGAGGAUGUCCAUGAGCAUGAUCCUGGAGCUGUCCUCCAUCAUGAAAAAGUAA